CCGGUGUAUUUGGAUACAAAAUCAGCCCUAGGAGCUGACAGUGUGCCCUAUGGAGGCGGAAUAGACGGGAACUGACAGAAGGAGAGAGAGAAAACGGAAAGAAAAAGAAAACGUUUCGCUUGGGCUGGACUGCGGCGACGCUUUUGUGAGAGGAAUCGACCCGUGUUGGUUGGAAAUAUUGCGACGCAACCUGAACGCCCAUGAGCCGAGAGAGAGAGAGAGACGCACACAGAGAGAGAGGAGCGCUGUGAUGGACCGAGAGAGCGCCAGAGAGAGAGGGACAGAGAGAGAUGCAGGAAUAUUUCACUGUGAAUAGGCUGAUGGGUAUUUAAAGCUGAAAACACUGAGCCUCAUGGAUCUACUGUUUUUCGUCUGUGGAUUAUAAUAAAAUAGGGUUCCAGGCAGGAGUAGAAUAUUAUUAUUGUUAUUAUUAUUAUUAUUAUUAUUAUGGUGGUGAUGUGGAAGAUGAUGAAGAUGGUGGAUGCACCCCCAACAAGCCCCAUCAGCAUCGUAUCAGGAAGGAUUUCAUCGUCUAUUUUCCACAGCACCGUCUAACCGUGACCUUUCCACAGAGCCAUCAGAAGCGAGCUGCUUUCAGAAAAGUCCCUUAUUUCCAGCAGCAGGCUCAAAGUGGCCUGUUGUUUGCACCUACACUGAGCUGCAGCCUAAAUAACACAGGACUGUAUGGGGGCAGUGAGGAUCCAGGCAUGGGGUUGCUAAAGCAGGGCCAGCCCAGGAUCCCUGCAGCCAUGCAGUGUAUAUUCAGGAUAAAUAAGGUAGGCUAGUGUGGCUGUGGGCAGCUGCCAUCAUGUUUUGUUGACCUGAAUUUAUGUGCAGGAGAAAGUGGAUGAAUUUGUUGCUCUUUGUGGUUGGAUUAGCUUGGAGUGGCCAACACUGGCUGUGUAUUUCUAUGAAAUCCUAAAAUCCCAUGCUCAGUUAUUGGGGGUGGUAGCUCUUGGUUGUCAGUAGCAUCUAAAAAUGGACACACCGUCUCUUUAAUGCUAGCCUAGACCUGUGAGGAUGUGUGGGAUUCAAGCGUGGAAGCCAUAGGGCUAGAAGAGAGCGAACGAGAGGUUUGAUAUUUUGGAUUAUUUUAGGCCCUAGGCUUCCUCCAAGCCAUCAUCACCAUGUUUUAUAUCUGGAUGGCUUGGUUGGCAGUGGUAAGCAUACUUGUAUGGAGAUGAACUGAUGUCAGUGCUGUAAUGUUAAGUUUAUUAAUGAACUUAUUCUCUUCUAUUGGGCAUUAAAUGUGCAUGUAAUCAAUUUUAAUCAUCAUGCAUUUUUAAGGAAACAUGAAAGCAGUAGAGACCCAUAUGUAUAUGUAAUAGAAUAUAAGAGGCGCUGAUAUCAGGAAUCAGGCCAAGUGCCCUUCAGGCUCUGUAAUGACAGUCUGAUUCCGAAACUGGGAGCAUUCCAGUGGAGAAAACUUUUCUCAUGCAGCCUUGCUGAAUAAAGCAGCGGUACUGCUUAGCCUAAGUCUUGUUGGCCAUUCAUAAUAUUACAAGCCAUUAAAGCCAUAUUCAAGAACUGCACAAACUUCAGCUUUCGGCUGCUUAUUGACUUUUUCUGAGCAUGCACGUUCUUUUGAGCCACCUGUUUGAAAGUGCCUUUAUAAAUGCCGAUAUGCAGAGAGCACAGCCCUAAUAAAACGGACCAUUCAGCCAAUGAGCACAGCGGAGCUUUCCCCUUUGAUUUCCCCAUUCUGGUCAAGAAGUCCUGAAUUUGGCCCAUGCGUUCUUCAUGGAUUUUGUGCAUGAGUUGAUUGAGGGCCUCCCCCAGCUAUUGAGACCGCACCGCUGACCUGCGGCCUCAGAGAUGGACCCGUAUUCAAGACUGAGUAGCAUGGGUGGUGGAGGCCAUGGAAAUGCCACCCUGCUGCCCUGCACUAACUGCGGGGGCUCUUGUGGCCCACCGCCUCCCUCCAUCCUCCUACCAAACGCCGCUCAGGAGAAUGGUAGCAGCUGGAACUCCUCCACGCUCUCCUCCUCAGUCAGCUCGCCCGAUUCUCAUGUCCAGCAUCAUCAUCGCGGAGAUUCCAAUCCCUACUGGACAGCUGUAUUUGACUAUGAGGCGGCAGCUGACGAGGAACUGACCCUGCGGCGUGGUGACCUGCUGGAAGUGCUCUCCAAAGACUCCAAGGUGUCCGGAGAUGAGGGCUGGUGGACGGGAAAGAUCCAGGAUAAGGUGGGCAUUUUCCCCAGCAACUAUGUUACGCGGCGGGAAACCACACUUCCCCCUGGAGGCCUGCUGGUGGGUGGUGAGAGCCCGCUGGAAAUAGACUUUUUGGAGCUGUGUCUGGAGGAGGUUAUAGGUGCUGGUGGAUUCGGGAAAGUGUAUAAAGGUGUGUGGAGGGAUGAGGAGGUGGCGGUGAAAGCGGCCCGGCAGGAUCCGGACGAAGACAUCAGCGCCACGGCAGAGAGCGUCAGGCAAGAGGCACGGCUUUUCUGGAUGCUGCGGCACCCUAACAUCAUCGCCCUGCGCGGCGUCUGCCUGAAGGAGCCUAACUUGUGCCUGGUCAUGGAAUACGCCCGUGGGGGUGCACUGAACCGGGCACUGGCGGGGAAAAAGGUGCCCCCCCGAGUGCUGGUCAACUGGGCCGUGCAGAUCGCUACUGGAAUGGACUACCUGCACAACCAGACCUUUGUGCCAGUCAUCCACAGAGACCUAAAGUCCAGUAACAUUCUGAUCCUGGAACCAGUGGAAAGGGAUGAUCUGAGCGGAAAGACCCUUAAAAUCACGGACUUUGGGCUGGCGCGGGAGUGGCAUCGCACCACUAAGAUGAGUGCAGCAGGCACCUACGCCUGGAUGGCUCCGGAGGUCAUUAAACUGUCCCUCUUCUCUAAGAGCAGCGAUGUCUGGAGUUUUGGGGUGCUGCUAUGGGAGCUGCUGACUGGUGAGGUUCCCUAUCGGGAGAUUGAUGCCCUGGCGGUGGCCUAUGGAGUGGCCAUGAACAAACUGACCCUACCUAUACCUUCUACCUGCCCUGAGGCCUUCGCUCAGCUGCUGGGGGAGUGUUGGAGCCCAAACCCACACAGCCGUCCUUCCUUCAGCAGCAUCCUGAAGCGUCUGCAGGCAAUCGAGCAGUCGUCCAUGUUCCAGAUGCCUCUGGAGUCCUUCCACUCUCUACAGGAGGACUGGAGGCUGGAGAUCCAGCAGAUGUUUGAUGAGCUGAGAGCGAAGGAGAAGGAGCUACGUUCCUGGGAGGAGGCGCUGGCUCGGGCUGCAGAGGAGCAGAGGGAGCAGGAAGAGCUGCUGAGGAGGCGCGAGCAGGAGCUGGCGGAGAGAGAGAUCGACAUUGUGGAGAGAGAACUGAAUAUCAUCAUCCAUCAGAUGUACCAGGAGAAGCCACACGUCAAAAAACGCAAAGGGCACUUCAAAAAGAGCCGGCUUCUCAAACUGGGCCGGGACAGCAACUGUAUCAGUCUGCCCUCUGAUUUUGAGCAUAAGAUCACGGUGCAGGCCUCUCCCAGUGUGGAUAAGAGGAAAACUCAGGGCAGUGAGAGCACCACUCCUCCGGCCAGUCCCGGGGUCAUCCCCCGCCUCAGGGCCAUUCGCUUGACUCCCAGUGAUGGCAGGAACACGUGGGGGCGUACGGCUGUGUGUAAGAAGGAAGACCUGGCGGGGACCAAAAAGAAGGGGCGUACUUGGGGUCCCAGCUCCACCCAUCAAAGAGAGCGUGUGGGGGGAGAGGACAGGUUAAAGUCACUUGGGGAGGGGAAGGUAUGGUCCUCCAGCGCCCCUAAUCUGGGAAAGUCUCCAAAACAUGUCCCUAUAACCGCUGGCUUCUCCAGUCUCAGUGAGAUGGAGGAGCACUGUGAGUUUGAGGAGCGUUUGGCUCCAGAGGGCAGCAGCAACGGGGCGACAGAGGAGAGCAGCCACACGUGGGUGGGAGUAGGGCCGGGCAUCGGCUCCCAGGAUUCUUCGCGGCGCUGCAGUCAGAGGAAGAAGAGUGACCUGCUGCUACUGGGCUGCGCCUCUAUCCUGGCCUCUGUCGGCCUUGGAGCAGACCUCCUCCAGCUUGGACGCCUGCAGGUGAGUCAGGACGAGCAGGAUGUGCGUGAGGAGCAGAGGAGGAAGAAGGAGGGGCUGUUCCAACGCACGGGACGAUUCCGCCGCAGCACGUCGCCGCCCAGCCGCACGCUGUCACUGUCUCUGUCGCACAGUCGUCACCAUGACUCCGCCCUGCCGUGUCUGGACCCCUCCCCCUCCGUCACACUCCUCUCUCUCUCCUCCCUAUCCGACUGCAACUCCACCAAAUCUCUGCUGCCGUCCGACCCUGACGACCUGCUGCCAACCCCCAGUAGCUCCCUCCCCGCCGUCUCCCCCGCACCCGCUCUCAACCCCCUGCUGGACCUGCGGGCUGAAAGCUUCAAGCGGGAACCCAACCAAUCCCUCACACCCACGCACGUCUCCGCAGCGAUGGCCCUGAACCGCGGGCACCGUCGCACGCCAUCUGACGGGGCAAUCCGUCCACGAGCACAGACAGUGGUGGGGCACCGGCGCACGCCCUCGGACGGUAGCAUGCCCAUCCCACCUCCACCCACCACCACUGCUGCACCACAUACAGGUUCUCGUGACACUCUGGAUAUCCCCCGUCUGCCUGACCCCUCUACGAUCUUCCCCCUCGCUCAUCGGCGUAAACCACCCCCACCCCUCACAGUUCCUGCCCAGGAGGGACACACCAGCACCCUGGAAAGGCCCAAGACCCUGGAGUUCGCCCCUCGUCCUCGGCCCACGCCAGUCAGGGCACGGCCGGACCCCUGGAAGCUGUCGUCUCUGUCCCGGACACUCAGCUCAUCGCCGGGCAGCAGCUGUGACAGUCCCCUGGGCUCUGGGGACAGUGGAGUCAGUGCAGGGGUCAGCGCCACCCGCCAGACCUUACUGGACAUGGACAUGGAGGGGCAGAGCCAGGACAGCACCGUGCCUCUGUGUGGACAACACCCUCAACCCACGCUGUGUGGGCAACACUUCUCAUAGAAACACAGAGAGACUGUUACGUGGGGUCAAAGCACUGACCAGUAUACUUUACAUGGCCAGCACUUUCUAUAGAGCCUUUCAGCCAUUUUUUGUGGAUCUCCUAAUAGAUUUAGGGACCGAAAUUAAUAUGAAACUGAGGGUGACACCUCUACAAAAUGACAAGUUAUGUACAGUCGUAUGCAAAAAGGGCGUCGUUUUGUUAGUUUUCUAACAAACAGGUUCCUCUACAGAGAACAGCCUUCUGUACAUUUUAAUGCACCCUGGGGUCUUGUUCCAGUAGGCUGUGCCUGGUAAAACCCCACCGGGAGGAGGCCGGGGGGCAUCCUGAUCAGAUGCUCAAACCACCUCAACUAGCUGCCCUCAAUGUGGAGGAGUAGCAGUUCUACUCUGAGCUUUUCCUGGAUGACCGAGCUCCUCACCCUGUCGAGUAGAGUGUAGCCCGCUACCCUGCAAAUGAAACUUUCCAUCAAAAUUUCCAUCGCUUGUAUUCGCGACCUCAUUCUUUCGGUCAUUACCCACAGCUCAUGACCAUAGGUGAGGGUUGGGAUGUAGUCUGACCGGUAAACAGAGAGCUUUGCCUUAUGGCUCAGCUUCCUCUAUACUGCAGCCAGGUACAGUGACCGCAUUACUGCUGCUGCAUGUCCCAGCCUGCAGCUGAUCUCAUGAUCCCUCUUCACAUCACUAUGAACAAGACCCAGAUAUACUUAAACCCCUCCACCUGGGGGAAGUCCUUUCCCAGGCUAGGACCAUGGACAUACGGUAUUAGGGAAAAAUUCAAAAGUGUAGCAUGUGCAAAAGUUAUGUUGCAAAUUUUUGUUUCCCCAAUACAUUAAAUAGAAAUUGUGCACUACAAUUUGCAGGAAAAUUUCAUAUUUAAGAGUGUUCUCUGUUGAGGAUCUGUUCACUUAUUUUCACUUUUUUUUAUUUUUUUAUUUUGUAUAUAAACAAAACAUAUAAUUUGACCAGAGGUGCUCAAACUUGCAUACGACUGUAAAUCACUAUAAUAGUAAUAGCAAACAAAUCCAGUAGUAGUAAUCCAGAAUCCAAAGUUUAAGAUUACGCUUAAUCCUAUAUUAGGCUUAAUAUUGUCUAGGAAGCUGGCCCCUUAGUGUCUCCAGAGCUGUCCCUGUCCUCCAGCACAAGUGGACAGUCCUCCAGAAAGGGGGUGGUGCGGUUGUGGCAAAAAUGACCUUGAUUUAUUUUUCAUAGCCACUGCAGUGACUCAUUGUCCCAGAGCAGAAGCACUUUUAUGGGGGACCAUAAAAGUAAAAGGUGAGCUAGUUAAGCGCUGGUCCAGCGUGUUGAUUGCAUCAGAGCAUUAGAGGACAGUCUGCCUCCAUUUCUCUAUCUAUCGCUAAAUCUGUGAACCCCUCAGUCUCCCCCAUCUAUCAGUACAAAGUCCAGAUCCGUGAUCUCAGUUCCCCUUUUGUGGUCUGUACAGACCAUAUAUUAUGAAAGAGUAGAUUAGUAACUGCUUGCGCCAUUCCCUCAAUAAAACUGUCUUUUUUAACCAUAUAUGGGAUGAAUCGCAAUGGUAAACAAAACCCUUUGCAGUUGCGUUCACUGUAAUAUAUUCCUUUGACAAAAAAAAUAGAUGUAAGUAUAAUAUUUUUUAUUUUUCUUUAUUUUUUUGAAGAAGAAAGACUGAACAUCUCAAGUGCUCUCUGCAAGACCUAAUCAGAAAGCAGGAGCUGUCUUAAUGUGAAGUCCAGCUGACCCCGAUGCCCGUGCUUUUAUGCAGAGGCCUUCUUCGUCUCCAUGUCCUGAUGUAUAGUACAUAUUGCCUGUGUGUAAGCGUGUGAGAAUGCCUGCGUGCUUUUAUUUUGUAUGGAUGUGUCAUAGGAGUUUGCACAGCAUGUCAUAGACUGAAAAAAAGAUGGCCACACAUUUCUAAUCAGCAUUUGUCCAGCUGUUUUUUUUGGGGGGGCCAAAAAGCUUAACUCUGGCCUUUUCUCUUCAGAAGCAUCAAAACACAGGAGGUACUUGCCGCCCUCUUUAUAGGAAGAGGGGGAGGGACAUUUACGGUCAAAUGAGGGUUCUCCAUCAAUUUGCAAUAAGAUACAAAACAUGUACUACCUGUUUUAUAUUAUCAUGUACCAAACAGCCAUUUAUGCUCACUUCCUUACCUCUUCAGCCAAGACCCUGUAUGCUCUUCCUUCGUCCACCCACUGAUCCAAAAUAGAGGAACUGUAGAGAAGUGUUUAUAUUUUGCUGUGCAUCACCGCCGCGCUCUGAAAGGACGCUGUGGGCUGCGGUCGCAAGCAGAAAAAAAAAUGUAACGAAAUCCUAACAAUCCCAUUUUAGAACAAGGAAUUCUGGGACUUUCUCACUGAAUUGAACACAGCUGGAACGCACUUUUAUGCUCAAAGGUCCAACCUGGUAUUUGACAGUAUUUUUUCGACUGUCCGCCGAUGAGUGUGUGCGCGUGUAUGUGUGUUUUUGCGUGGUCUUACCGUUAUCAUUUGUAUGGGGUGACUCUGUGGAGGGGUGAAACUCAAACCCACCCCCAUAUUUCCUGUUUGAAAAAAAAAAAACACUAAGAGUAUUUAUUAAAAUUAUUGUUACGAUUGAAAUAAUUAAGAAUUAUUAUUAUCAUUACUGUCUUUUCUGGUCAUGUACUGUAACUACAAGCAAGCAACAGUCAAACCUCUGUUUACAGGUUAUAAUACAACAUAGCAUCCAUAACAACGGUUUUAUGAAUGUUGGUGAAGUAGUCCACUGUUAUCCACUGAGUCAGUACACACAACAUGUCCAAAAGUAUGUGGACUUUUGAAAAUCAUACCUAUGACACAUGAGCUUGUUAGACUUCCUAUUCAAAAACCAUAGGCAUUAAAAUGGAAUUGCUCCCCCUUUUGUGGCUAUAACAGCCCUGAUUCUUCUAGGAAGAUUUUGGAGUAUCUGUGAAAUCUUGUGCCCAUUCAGUCAUAGGAGCAAUUGUAAGGUCAAGCACUGAUGUUGGAUGAGAAGGCCUGGCUCGCAGUCAACGUUCUGAUUCAUCCCAGUGGUAUUCAGUGGGGUCGAAGUCAGAGCUCUGUGCAGGCCACUGAAGUUCCUCCACAUAAAACUUGUCAGAGUAUGUCUUUAUGGAGCUCACUUUGUGCACAGGGGCACAUUCAUGCUGAAACAGGACAGGUCCUUCCCUUAUCCCAUUAUCCCUCAUCUACCAAACUUUCUGUUGGUACUAUGCAUUUUGCUCUGUUGGUAUCUGCCAAACCCAGAUUCAUUGGGCAGACUGCAAGAUUUAUGAUUCACCUCUCCAGAGAACAUGUUCCCAAUGCAGUCUAGUGGCAGCGUGCUUUACACCACUCCAGCUGACACUUCACAUUGUGCGUAGUGAUCUUUUGUGCAGCUGUUCAGCCAUGGAACCCUAUUUCAUGAAGCUUGCAAUGCACAGUUCUUGUGCUCAUGUGGCUUCCAGAGGCAAUUCGAAACUCUGUAGUGAGUGAUGCAAGACAGCACAAGCAAUUUUUCUCGGCAACUCCGUUCUGUGAAUUUGUGUGGUCUACUGUUUUGUGGUUGAGCUGUUGUUUCUCCUAGAUGCAUCCAUUUCACAGUAGUAGCACUUACAGUUGACCAGGGCAGAUCUAGCAGGGCAGACAUAUCACCGACUGGCAAAGGUAGCGUCCCAUGACAGUGCCACAUUUAAAGUCACUGAGCUCUUCAGUACAACCUAUUCUAUUGCCAGUGUUUGUCUAUGGAGAGAGUGCAUGGCUGUGUGCUUCAAUGUAUACACCUGUUAGCAGUGGGUGUAGCUGAAACACCUGAAUUUAGUAAUAAGGAGGGGUAUCUACAUAAUUUUGAUCAUAUAAUGUAGCUUCUAAAGUACAGAGGAGUACUCUCCAAGUCUCCAAUUUUGAAUGUGUUGCCUUGCGAGUGUCUAGUGGAGUCAACUGCUUUUGGCAUGAACCUGACAAACAUGGUCCCAGCUUCAGUUAUGUUUUUAACAUGCCCUUGUCAACUUACACCCACUGUUUC